CACCACGAUUUGUUAGCCCCCCCCCUCCACCACCUCUUCAAUACGCAGCACACAUCCCCAACCAGCAGCAGCAGCACCACCACCACCGUCAUUGCACGAGACACCACCACUCACAUCCACACACACACAGAGAUACACAAUCACGCCGCUGCUGCUGCUGCUAAAACAGCGACGCCAACAUCUGGAAGGGGAUAGCAGACACAUUUUAACCGGCUCCCGGUGACGGCUAUUUAACGAGAGAUCUGACGCCGAGCGUGACGAUCCACACCAGGUGCCAUGGACCCGAUAAAUGGGGGGAGCCUGUGGGGGGGCGGCUCUCCAGACGCCCCCCUGGGCUCAUCGUCGCCCUUCGACCUGUUGGAGCCUCCGCUGGCAAGCGGCUUCCUCAAGCUGUCUCGCCCGUGCUGCUACGUGUUCCCCAGCGGGCGCGGGGACUCGGCGCUCUUCGCCGUAGGCGGUUUCAACCUCCUGGUGGAUGGCGGCUCGGAGGCCCGGUCGUGCUUCUGGAAGCUGGUGAGGCACCUGGACCGCGUCGACGCCACCAUCCUCACGCACACGGGCACCGACAACCUCCCCGGCUUCGCCUCCUUCCUGCGGCGGAAGAUCUCCGAGGCGGUCGCGGAGGAGGGAGGAGUGGGGAGUGACGGUGAGACCGGUCCCAGGUCGCCGCCGCCGCCGUCGUCGUCGCCGGCCUGGUCGCUCCGAAAGUCACCGAAUCUCCUCAUCUCUCCCGAGCUGGGCGUGGUGUUCUACAACGUCCCGGAAAAAAGCAACAACAACAGCAACAAUGCUGAACUGGCGGCGGCGGCGGCGGUGGCCGCUGCCCGUGACAAGGGGAGCCUUGAGGUGUCCACGGUGAUCCUGGAGAGCUUGGAGAAGCUGCGAGUGGCUCCACAGCCAUUAUUCCGGCUGCCGGCGCCCGCCAUUGAGCCGGUGAUCCUCUUCCAUAAGUUGGGCGUGGGACACCUAGACAUGUAUGUGCUGAGCCCAGUGAGGGAAGGCCGCGAGGGCAACCCGCUCGGGCAGAAGCUGCCGUUGAACAGGGCCAAGGGCGGCAAUGGCGUGAUGGGGCACAAGGAGAGCGGGGCGGCGGCGCCGGCGGCGGCCCCCUGCGCCACCGGCACAGACUCUGUGGCGGUGCUGGUGGUGUGGCAUCCCGCAGACCCGACCGAGAGGAUCGUCCGCGUCCUCUUCCCCGGUAACGCGCCACAAGCUAAGGUCCUGGAGGGCCUGGAGAAGCUCAAGCACUUGGAGUUCCUCAAGAUCCCCUUGGCGACGCAGAGAGACGUGACGUCGGGCACGACCGCAGCAAAGAACGCCAGCCCGGGGCAGAAGGCAGCCAGCAAGGAGAACAUGAAGUCUUCUUCAUCCCGGUCCUCCUCCAGCAGGAGGAACCUCAACAAAGAGGCGGUGGAGAAGUCAGACGCCAACAAUAGGCAGAGCAAGGGUGGAGAGAAGAUGGACAAGAGGGACCCGUUAGCGAAGAACAAACUGGAUUUGUCUUUCGAGGCGGUGAAGAACAGGGGCUCCGUGAAGAAGGACGGCAAGAAGCCGGAGGUGAAGAGGGACGCUCAGAAGGUGAGUAAAAACGACACGAAGCCCGCCGGGAAAAAGGACGAUGAGCGGAGAUCACCGAAGCCAGCGGCGAAGGCCGCGGGACCAUCCUCAGAGGGCAGGAAGGGCUCAGCUAAAGCCAAAUCUCCAAAGAAAGAGGCCGCAGACAUCAAGAAGCCACUCGCGGGAGUUCAUCCUAAGUUGAGGGAGAAGCUGAAAGGCCGGGUUGACGCAUCGGCGGGCCCCAAGACAUCUCCCACAUCGUCGCCGGAAGACCUGAUGAAGGAGUUUGACGAGGUGAAGCAGGACAACCUGCAGGCGAUGAUGGCGGUACACAAGGCCCUGGUGUCAGAGAGUCCCAGCGACAUCUUCGUGUCAGAGGAGCAGUACGUGGAGAAGAUCAUCCCGAGCCCCGUGCACGAGGACUACAGCAAGACGCCCGACAGCACCGACGUGGCCGAGUCGAUGCUGUCCCCCGACGAGGGGAUCACUACCACGGACGUAGAGGCCGACCUGGACUCGUCUCCCCAAGAAGACCAGGCCCUAAACUCCGACAGACAGAAGAAUGAACGCUGUGCGCCAGAUAAGAACCAGCGGAAUGCGUCUGGAGCCGAAGAGCGCACGGAAGCGGGCGGCGAGAAGCGUUCUGCCGACGGAGAUGGUGCAGUCACGAGCGGCAUGCAGCAAGAGUCCAACGAAUUCCUCGACAAAGCGGAGACGGAAGCGGUGGAGAAGCAUGCGCCGAAGGCAAUAACAAGCGACGCGGAAACAAGGCAGGGCCGCACAUUUGACGCCGCAAACACCAACCCGGAAACUAUCUCCGUUCACGGUGCCGCCGCAGCACCGCUCCAUCCGCAUGCAGACACAGGUCCGAAAGGUUCCGCUAGUGAUGCGGCUGCUAUGGAGCCGACUCCAAAACUCCAUGGUGGUGCAUCUGCCAUGGAGAAGGACGUCGCUAAUGUCACGUCGUCGCAGACAUCUGAAACGUCUGACUUUCCACCGAAGACUUCCUCGUCGCCCUCCCGGGAAUCCCUGGCGCUCCCCAGCCUGGAAAAGGGCCCUCCCAGCGACGGGGUCCACAACGUGAAGGACGGCGCCGUGACAGAGGGUGGCACCUUGCGCGCUCCCACGUCCAUUUUGCACCGCACGAAGACCCCGUCGUGCGAGCGGUCCGUGCUCUUCGACCUCACUCCACUGGAGAUCAAGCUGACUCCGGACGAAAGCCCUGCCGACAAGGGACCCCAAGGCUUGGACAAAAGUGGAGAAGGCGACGCUUUGGCCGACACCGAUUCCCCCACGCGCUCCCCUCCGUCCAGCGCCGGGCACACGCCCUACAACCUCUCGCCCGUCGACGAACCCUCCUUCCUGUUUGAGGAGGCGGCAGCGGCCCGGGAGCAGGAGGAGGAGGACGCAGGUUUGGAAGAACCCACGCUGCGCUCGGUUGAGGAAUCGCCUGGGAGCUGCAGCGUCAAUCAGACCGACGAUCACGAGUCCGCACGCACCAUAGGCCUAGGGGCCACAGAAACAAUCAUGAAUGAAAUUAAGGACAUUGCGAAUAAGGAGGUGAUCCACUUGGCCGAUACCAAAACGUUCAGCUGCGUGCCUUUUCCGGACGAUGAGAAGAAGGAGACAGCCAGGCACUUGGCUAAUGAGGUGCUGCUUUCCCUAGGCAUGCCAGGGAAUGCGAGCGAAGGGCCACCCAAGGCUGCCAGAGAGGAACACGAUCUGCAACAUCAGAGUUACAACAGGGCGGCGGGGACAUCAGAGCUAACUGCCAAGGACAAGCUGAAAACCUCCGCAGUGGACUUGCCCUCCCCAAAGUCCACGACGCCAACGGAGGACAGCUUCCUGCAGGCGGGCGUCACGGUCUCCACCACGUCGAUCGCCACCAGCUCCUUCCUCAACGAACCCAACACCCGCACCAUGGACGACGUGUCUCCCUCGCUGCCCGUCGAUGUGGGCUCGCCGCAGUCCACCGAGGUGGAUGAGUCCCUGUCCACCUCCGUGGAGAACCCAUCGGUGGGCCGCGGUGAGGCCUCCAGGCCAAUGUCGGCCUCGCCCGACCAGAUCGUGUCCCCUGGGCGGGCGGACGAGGUGAGCGGGACAAUGGCGAGUGAUCAGAUGAUGCAGAAGCAGCACGGACCUCUGGCCUCGUCCGCAGCAUUCCAAUUGGACAAAUGCGACAACAGUAGCAGCAGCAGCAGCUCUCCAGCCAGAGUAGGUGGCCACCACACAGCUCAAGACAAGAACCAGAGUGCAACUCAGGCUGCUCAGCCAAUAGAUAUCCCCCUUUGCAAAGAAGACCGACAGAAGUGUUUGGAGGCUUCGGCAUCCACGGGUGGCGGUGACCCUUCUGUGAUGACCUCGGGUCAACUCCAGCAAGGGAUGUGCGAGGCUGCGGCGGCACUGACGACCCCGGGACAGCUGUUCCCCUCUUCCGCCCGGUUAGACGACCCCACCACCGCCGCGUCAUCGUGGGCGACGCGGCCGCAAAGCAACGUGGACAUCGAGACCCCGUCGACGUCGGUCAACAACUCUGUGGUUUCGUCGUCGGACUCAGAAGGGCCUCCGGAACUGGGCCACGGCUGGGCCGCGGCUGCGAUAGAAGAGAGUCCCUUGGCCUGUGGCCCUGCAGCUGCUGCUGGCGCUGCUUCUGCUGUGGGUCCGGCAGCUCGGGAGCAGACAAGAAUCACGGAGGCGACACCAGCGCCCAUCAGCUCACCCACCUCACCGCCAGAGGGAGACCCGUGCCCGGCGCGGUCAGCCGCGCGCAAACUCGACCCCACGCCGCCCCCGCCCGACCCCGCCGUGCGCAUGGUUGACCCCGAGCUCGCCAACUAUGGACCGGCCAUGGAGAAGAUGCGAGGGGGAGCUGCGACAAAGAGAGAUCCCCAGAGCGUGAAGACCCAGAAACAGCCACGGGUGAAGACGCCGUCACCCGGAGCGAACGCUAAGAGCCUCGGGAAGGCCACGACGCCUCCGGGGAGGCCCGGCGUGGCCAAGAAGUCCCCAGGAGAUGUGAAAACGACCACGGGCGUCAAGAAGAAGGGAGGUGGGGGUAGCGCGGGUGGCACGGCACCCCCCACAGUGUACGUGGACCUGGCCUACAUCCCCGCUCACGGGGCACAGGGGCAAGUGGACGCCGAGUUCUUCCGGCGCGUGCGGGCGACGCACUACGUGCUGAGCGGGAACGACGCCGGCGGUGCCGCGGGUGGUGCUUCGAGGGCGCCGGGCCGCGCCACGCUCGACGCGCUGCUGGCCGGCCGGGCCGAGUGGGGAGUCGACCACACGGUGACGCUGAUUCCGACGUACGACACGGCGGCCGUGCGCGGCUGGUACCAGGAGACGCACGAGCGUCAGCGGGAGCUGGGCAUCAUGGUGCUCGCCAGCAGCAGCACCGUGGUCAUGCAGAGCGAGUCCUUCCCCGCCUGCAAGAUCGAGUUCUGAUCCCGGCCCCGGCCGCGCGCGUCGCCGCCGCGUCCGCGGGAGGGAGGCGGUGGAGAGUUGGCGCUGGCGUCGGCGGCGCCCGGCACCCCCGGCGGGUUUUCCCGGAUCCCGGCUCGGCGAGCCCAGCGACUCCCGGAAUCCACGGCCGCCGGUUGCAACGCAGCGGCGGGCCCGCGUGCGUUCCGGCCUCCGUCCCAGAUUAACCGGCGCCGGCCGCGAAGCGCCGCGGGCAGGGCGCGUCGCACUAUUGCCACGAGACGGCCGGGUUCGGUCGCCACGUCCUCCAAACUUUGCACAAUCUGCUGUCGGGCUCGCGGGCUCGCUCGCCCCCGCCAGACCUCCUUUGCAACCCCCCACACCGUGAUCCCAAUCGCCGGGGCGUAGCCACCGGGCGAGCGUAGGGCCUCGAAAGCACAAACGGAGCCAUCGCAGGCGUUCAGGCUGAGUGGGCACGCACACCGGCUCCGCUGGCUCACCAGCAUGUGUCUCUGCGUUGCUGCGGUAGCAUGAUCGGGUUUCAUCGUGACUAGCCGUCAUCGUCGUGUCGUCGUCUAAAUUAUAUUAAAGGAAGCCACCAAGUGGUUCAGAGGUCAG